GCCGAUUGCCGCCCGGCGAGCUCUGGUUGGCCGGCCGCGGGACUAUUGAUCUGCAGCCGCGCAACCCUGUCUCUCCAUGAGUUUUGGAUCUUGAAGUUGAAACUUGAGGCCUGUGAAGACUGGAGGCAACUCCGACACGACGGAUGUUCCUGCUGGAGGAGUUGUAACACCGCCAAACUUUGCUUCCGUCACACGAUCCGUCGCAUCGCUGCACGCUUGGGACGAAAUCCUCCUCUGCACGCCGAGAAAAGCCAAGCCUGCCAAGGCCUGAGGACCUGA